AUGAAGGCCUUUCACGAGAAAAUUAAAGUUAAAAGAGAUGGAGAAGACAUCGGUGUUUUUGACGAUGAUUCUGAAAUUUGCUUUAAUAAAAAAAAUUCUGUGGUAGCAGAGAAAAACCGACACAUACUUUUUUCCUCCAAUGAUCACAUUGUGUUCAUGUUUGCCGAAUAUCAAAUUGGAUUUUCCAAAGUGCCACUGAUGUUGGAUUUCAAUGCAGCAAACAAAAGUGUCUGUGUGGAUUUAUCACAAAAGAAAAACAAUAAACUGCAAAAAAAAAUGACCACAUUCAAAGCCAUAACGACAGUGUCAGAUUCACCAUAUGAUGAUGUUACCACUGGCAAUGGCCAGCCAAUUUUUUUCAGCUACAGCGGAGGAUUUGAUCGUCUCCAUGGAGGCAAAGUCAGUGACACCUAUGUUGUUAAAAGAACUUGCAAAAGAUGCGUCAUCAACAAUUAUGACAGUGAUGAAAAGUCUGACUUGCACUUCAUAGAGGAAACAUUCACAAAUUUGAAAGCAACAAAAAGCAAAGAAAAUCUAGUAAUUCGUUUAGCUCUGAGUCGAUCAAAUGCAGAAAUUGAACGCUGGUUCAAUUCGAUAUAAUAACUUUGCUCAUAAACGAAAAAAUGACAAACUGGAACCAACAGAAGUGACAAAAGAUCCAGACAAAUGCCAAUGUAAAGAAAGGGUUUGUUUUGAAAGUAUGUUCACAUACGAUCUCAACAAGAAUCCGUAGGAAAAGUGGUUAGAUUCAAACUGAACUCGAGCAGCUGCAGCUACAGAAUUUUUGUAAAUGGUCUGAAGAACUACCUUCACACAGGGCCCUUCAGUGCCUUCAGUGAACAGCAUUUGAAUGGGGGAAAUCGAUUGGACAGAUACGUUUUUAAUUAUGGUUAUGCAGAAUUUAAUGUGAUAAACAACUUUGCGCAAGACAAAAUUCAAGACACUGCAACUGGAGUUAAUUUUUGAAGAUAUUCAGAUUCUCUUUGACAACAAAUACAAUGUUUAUUUAGCAUCCAUAAAAAAAUCCUGGUCACUGAUUGUCAAACUAGAGAACUAUUCUUUUAGAGAAGAUUCUCAACACAUUGAUGUAAAACAGUCACGUUUUCCAUAAUUGAAACAUUUCCAUAUUUUAAAGUUCUGUCUGUCGACCUUACUUCCGAUCGUUCUUCAACAACAUACGUGCCUCUAUGCCUCUCUUCUGCUGUAAGCUUGAAAGGGUCAAAUUGAAAACAACAUUUUAGGUGACUUCUGAUUAUCUGUGUGAAGGAGCAACUGGAUCAUCCAUUGAUGGAAAAGAAUGUGAUGACAAUGUCAUUGGUGGUCCCAGCGAUGACAUCCUGUCCUGUGGUCUGGGAAAUGACGUUAUUAAUGGUGGCAAUGGCUCCAUUUAUGGAGGGAAUGGAAUGGACGAUCUUUGA